AUGUUUGAGUGUGGAGAAACGAGGUCACAAACUUCAUCACAGAGUCAGACUGCUCAAAAUCAAACUCAGGUUUCACUAGUAAAAGACCCUCGAUCACCCAAUUACCUUCACCACACAGACCACCUUAACUUAGUGAUAGUGAAUCCUAAGUUUAACACCAACAAUUAUGUGACAUGCAGUAGGUCAUUUUUACUAGCACUUUCAAUUAGGAACAAGGUUGGCUUUAUCAAUAGGACAAUCAUCAAGCUUGCAAUUACAUAUCCUCUGUUUCUUUUAUGGACUAGAUACAACAACCUAAUUGUUGCUUGGCAAUUAGACUCAAUGUCACCACCCAUAGCCUCCACAGUAUUUUACAUGGAUUUUGUAUCAAAUAUUUGGAAUACUCUGAAGCAGAACUAUGCACAACCAAAUGACAGUAGGAUUUGCAACCUCCAAUACACUUUGGGGAAUGUGACUAAAGGCACCAGAUCAGUGGACUCAUACUUUGUUGAGCUGAAAAGUAUUUGGGAGAAAAUGAGGAAUUACAGACCUCUACCCCAUUGUGAGUGUGGGAAAUGCAAUCGAAGUUGCUUUAAAAGGAACAUAGAUAAACACCAGAAAGACAUGGUUUUCAGAUUCUUGAAUGGCCUAAAUGACCCAUUUGUAGCUAUUAGAUCACAGAUUAUUCUUAUGAAUCCUAUUCCAGCUCUUGAUAAAGUCUAUAGUCUUGUUUUGAGAAAGAAAGCACAAAGGAAUCUAAUGCUCCAGGUUCUGCCAACACUUGAAUCAUCAGCCAUGCUUACUGCCACUAAUGGGAAGAAAAGUAUAAAAAAGACAUCACUUGUAACCAUUAUGGGAAGAAAGAGCAUAUAA